AUGAUCAUGAGAAGGUUAAACGAAACGAACGAUGACGGAGUUAGGAACCGCGCGUUGUGCUGUGUUGUGUGGUGCGAGCUCCACGGAUGGGCGGGGGAAACGCCUUGGAGUUGGGGCUUGGUCUUACUAUACGCGUUCCUCUUGGGUCUAAUGCAUAACUUCCCACUGCGCCUUUGCGGCAUUUUGAACCUCCCCGGAUGGAACCGCGACUACGGUAGUGGACACAGAAGCAGUAUUCAUGCACGUAGAAGACGAAGCAAUAGGAUAAUCAUCGAGCGCUGGGCCUGUGAAUACGAGUCUGUGGGGAUAGCUGUCGUCAUUCCUGUCAAAAUUGAAAGGAUGGUGACUGUCGGCGGUUUGAAGAAGGCUAUCAAGUCUAAGAAGGGGAAGGCACACAUCUGCCUGCGGCGGAGAAUGUGUUGGAUGCCCGCAUAUACGGGUGCUCUGGCAGGCGAUGACGGUUCCGUGUUGAAUGGUAAAAACGCAUGCUUAUCGAGAAAUCCAGGGAAGGAGACGGCAGUGCUGUGCAAAAGAGAGUCCGCAAUAGCAUUAGCCUGA